CCCUCUCCCCUCCCACCCCCAUCUCUGUUCUCCUUGCUCCCCGGGUCACAGGUGGGUUGGCCAGGUGAGGGCCGAUGGCAGGUGGGGCUAGCAGGUGAAGAGCGCCCAGCUUUGGCAGGACUACCCACAGGAGGGCUCCCAGAUGUUGUGCCAGAGGGGACAUUGUUCAAUAUGGUGCUGAGGAAGAUCCAUAGGCCCCGGAGUUGUUCCUACCAGCUGCAACUAGAGCACAAGACAUCCCCCAGCAGGAUCCAGGGGCUUCGUUGGACACCACUUACCAAUAGCAAAGAGACCCUGGACUUUAAUGUGAGCCUGGAACAGGCUACUUCAGAGCAGGUUCUCCGGGCUGGAAAGCUGCUUCACAGGCAUCUUCUGGCUACUUGCCCCACCCUGGUGCGAGAUCGGAAAUACCACCUCAGAUUGUACCGGCAAUGCUGCUCCGGGAAAGAGCUAGUUGAUGGAGUUUUGGCCUUGGGGCUUGGAGUCCAAUCCAGAAGUCAAGCUUUGGGUAUCUGUCAAGUUCUCCUGAAUGAGGGAGCCCUCUGCCACGUGAAACACGAAUGGGCUUUCCAUGACAGAGAUGCUCAUUUCUAUCGAUUCCCUGGGCCAGAGCCAGACCUGGACAGCAUUCAAGAGAUGGAGGAGCUGGUUGAGGCUGUGACCCUGCUGUCUCAGCGAGGGCCUGAUGCUCUGCUCACUGUGGCUCUACGUAAGCCCCCUGGGCAGCGCACCGAGGAGGAGCUCGACCUAAUCUUUGAGGAGCUGCUCCAUAUCAAGGCUGUGGCCCAUCUGUCUAACUCGGUAAAGAGGGAGUUGGCUGCUGUGUUGUUGUUUGAGCCAAGCAGCAAAGCUGGCACUGUGUUGUUCAGCCAAGGAGAUAAGGGGACAUCUUGGUACAUUAUCUGGAAGGGAUCUGUUAAUGUGGUGACCCAUGGCAAGGGACUGGUGACAACCUUGCAUGAGGGAGACGACUUUGGACAGCUAGCUUUGGUGAAUGACUCACCCCGGGCAGCCACCAUCAUUCUUCGUGAAGACAACUGUCAUUUUUUGCGGGUGGACAAGCAGGAUUUCAACCGUAUCAUCAAGGAUGUGGAGGCAAAUACAAUGCGUUUGGAAGAACAUGGAAAAGUGGUGUUGGUGCUGGAGAGGACCCCUCAGGGAAGUGGCCCUGACUGUCCCCUGAGCCCAGGCAGGAACCGGUACACAGUGAUGUCAGGCACUCCAGAAAAGAUCUUAGAACUACUGCUGGAGGCUGUGCGGCCGGACUCAAGUGCCCAUGAUCCCACAGAGACAUUCCUAGGUGACUUUCUCCUGACCCACAGUGUCUUCAUGCCUAGUGCCCAUCUCUGUGCUGCCCUCCUGCAUCAUUUCCAUGCGGAGCCAGCUGGUGGCACUGAGCAGGAACGUGGCAUCUAUGUCUGUAACAAGCGGCAGAAGAUCCUAAGACUGGUCAACCAGUGGGUGACCCUCUAUGGCCCCAUGCUCCACAUAGACCCUGUAGCCCCCAGCUUCCUACAGCUGCUUUGGUAUAUCUCCUCACAGAAACUCUCAGAACUGGUAAGCAGGGAUGCUCAGCUUAGCAACCUGCUAAGGGAGCAGGGACCAGAGAGGCGUCGGCAUCAUGGGUUGGAAAAUGGAAGUGGAAAUAUGUCACCACAAUUAAAGGUUCGAGCAGUUCCUAUCUGGUUCCCCAGCUAUGAUGAACUCAUCCUCAGCAACAGAUAUGCUAUCCAAGGUCUAGACAAAGUCCCCUAUGACAUCUGCCGGCCAGACCACUCAGUCCUGACACUGAAUCUACCAGUGACAGCCUCAGUGAGAGAAGUAAUGACUGCACUAGCACAGGAAGACGGCUGGGUACAAGGCCAGGUACUGGUGAAGGUCACCUCUUCCGGAGCCAUAGCUUCUCCCACAGACACCAUUGAUCUACAACCAGAUACCCGUGGUGUAGCAACGUCUCUGGGACUCAACGAGCGGCUCUUCCUUGUUAACCCACAGGAAAUGCACAAACUGACGCCACACCCAGACCAACUUGGCCCCAGUACAGGGUCAGCUGAGUUGCUGGAUCUAGUGAGUGCCAAGGACCUUGCCAGCCAACUGACUGACCAUGACUGGAAUCUCUUCAACAGCAUCCACCAGGUGGAGUUGAUCCACUAUGUGCUGGGACCACAGCAACUCCAAAACACCACCACUGCCAACCUGGAGCGCUUCAUGAGGCGUUUCAAUGAACUGCAGUACUGGGUGGCUACAGAACUGUGCUUAUGUCCUAUGCCUGGUCUUCGGACUCAGCUGCUCCGAAAAUUCAUCAAGUUGGCUUCUCACCUCAAAGAGCAGAAGAAUCUCAACUCUUUCUUUGCUGUCAUGUUUGGCCUCAGCAACUCUGCUAUCAGCCGUCUUGCCCACACCUGGGAGCGGCUGCCCCACAAAGUUCGGAAGCUCUAUUCUGCGCUCGAACGGCUACUGGACCCCUCCUGGAAUCACCGCGUAUACCGAUUGGCACUCACCAAGCUGUCCCCACCCAUCAUUCCCUUUAUGCCCCUCCUCCUCAAAGAUAUGACCUUCAUCCAUGAAGGAAACCGUACACUGGUAGAGAGUCUCAUCAACUUUGAGAAGAUGCGUAUGAUGGCCAGAACUGUAAGGAUGCUGCAUCACUGUCGAAGUCAUGGCUCUGUACCUCUCUCACCACUCCGGAGCCGAGUCUCCCACAUACAUGAAGAUAGCCAGACCGUGAGGAUAUCUACUUGUUCAGAGCAAUCAUUGAGUGCCCGGAAUCUGGCCAGCGCUCGGGCAUAUAUCCAGCAACUGAAGGUCAUUGACAACCAGCAAGAACUUUCUCGGCUCUCCAGAGAACUGGAGCCUUGAUAGGACUGAUGUGUCUUCCCUAAACCCAGAGAGGCAUAGCUGAGGAAAGUUGGAAGGGAUCCCUGGACCAAUAGGUCUAAGAGCUGGAUGGAUUCUUCACUGAGAGUGUGGACUCGAAGAGCUGGGAUAGAUGGAUCCAGCUAACCCAUUCAGUGAUGACUGGCAGCCAAAGAGAAAACUGAGUCGACUUAAAGUUCUAGAGUGAAGAAAGAUAUGGAAGAGUAGUGGAAUGGGAACAUGGACUGCAAACUCAUGUGCAAGGGACAGUUCUCUGUACUAGCUUUUUCUAAGUCCUUGACUGUUGAUCUUAUCAAUCAAUCAAGAUUGGGAAGCUUAUCACAAGGAAAGUUUCCUGUAAUUUGCUCCAGUAGGAGAAGUAAGAAGAGGAAGGAGGGAAAAAGAAUUUUUUUAAAAAAAGGAAAGAAUAGCAGAAGGGGCUUCUGGAGCCAGGAAACGUUCUUGGAUGAAAAAAGGUUCUGCUUCCUGUCUCCACUAACUUUCAUACAAACUGCUAUACAGAAAAGAGAGAGAAUCCCUGGGACUCCGGCUGCCCAAUAAAUCAGCAAACAGUUGUACAACUGCCAUGUCUAAGGCACUGUGUCCAUGAGUAGCAGGUGCUGCAAAGAAGCAGGACAGUUUCUGACUUCAGAAAAAUUAAUGGUACCACUGGAGAGACAAAAUGUCUAUGAGAUAUGAGGCAGUAAAGCUUGUCUUCAUUUAUAGGAUUCCUGCUUCUGAGAAGAUUGUUGUUAUGCAAAUAUGGAAAGGACAGGGGUGUGUGAUGUAAGGAUGCAUACAACUCACAGUAUUAGCAUAAUUAUAUAUACAUCAUAGAUGAGUAAUGCUUGGUUGAAUAAGCCCCAAAGCCCUCGCACCCUUGAGCUCCCAGGCUGAAUCAGAAGAGAUGGAUUAAUCAUGGCUCUCUAGAAGGCUUUUGGCCUUUGUUCUACUUUCUAAAGAUGAUUCCUUUGGCUUUCUCAACAAUUGAAUAGGAUUGAUUGGGACAGUGUAUGCCCUACCCUUUCCUCUCUCCCCUAUAGUCCCUAUCCUCUUUCAUGUCCUGUUUUGGCUGCUAGGUGUGCCUAGCAUAGUUCAUCAGCUGUAGAUUUUCCCUUCUCAGGGUACCCAAUGCCUAAGACCUGGUAAGGUUGCUACUCAGCAGCUUUUAGGGGUGUGACUUAGGGCUGUAGCUUGUGACCAGGGUAAGCAGAAACACUAGGGAGUGACUCCCAUAGAUUUCCUCAGUGAAACUGGGCCAGAGAAGCUAAGGCACAAAAAGGGGAAACUGUUUUGUGAACUCUGAAACCUGGCAAGGAAGAAGGUGGUAAGGCCUAGAAGAGGAGCAAGAGACAAUAAAUCAUGAUUCAUCAUCAGUUACCAGAAUCUUCCUAAUGAGCCCCAAUUGCUAGCACCUGGAGAGAUUUCCCUAUCUCCCUCCAGCUCAUCCCAUGACCCUUUAGAGCUGCAAAGGACCUCUCACUUCCCAGAGAGCCAUUGUGCCUGGGUAGGAUCAUGCCUCUGGUUGCUGAAUUGGAGCGUUGGAGAAAGUUAGAACACAGGACAACUCUUGGGCACUGAGCUGAAAAGCAUUUUCCUGUGCUGAGUGAGAAGUAGCAAUAACCAGGACUUAAUAGCCCUGAAGGCAAGAACCUCUAAAGUAGAGAAUGGUUGAUAGGGAAUGCCACUGCUUGAAAGAGAUAGUUGCUCCCAGAGGCCUUUGACCCUUUGUCCCUCCACCCUCCAAACACAUCCUCUGAUUUCUUAUCUCCUGUCUUCUGGUUUCCUCGCCCCUAAUGUACAUUUUAUUUCCAAGCUAGGUUUCCUUGUGGCAGGGAGAAGAUACCUAGAUGAAAGUCUUAGGUUCUUUUGUAACCCUGGGAAAGUAAUUGAACAUUUCCUUGCCUUAUUUCUCCAUCCAAAAGAUAAUAAGUUUUUUUAAUAUU